CAGCGCGCGUUGCAGCUCUCCGAGAAAUCAAGAGUCACCCACUACGCCGCUCGUCUUGGAAAUCGAUCUUCAAGUUUUACAUCCGUGGCGGCUCCUAACCUAAACCUGCGCGCGGUGCGAGAUACUUGUCUCGGCGGAGCCGAUCUGUUUGUGUACGUCGUGAGGAACGAGGAGUCGUCGCGGUACGAAGAGGGCUUUCUAAAACCGCCCCGCCGAGAAGGCUGCUCGACGAGACCGCGAGUAAAGUUAGACGCCACCAGGAUGUCAGCGGAGGAACAGCCGGACUUCCGACUGGGACCGGAUCCCAGUGUCACUUAUCCCAUUCGGGUCCAGUAUUGCGGCAACUGUUCACUACCCAUCGAGUACUGCGAAUACUACCCGGAGUAUGACAAAUGUAAGCAGUGGCUGGAGAGGAAUCUGCCUAUCGAAUUCGAGAAGAUAAAAUUAGCUACAGAGGACAGCUCCACCGAAGUCAACGCGGGUGAGGACGAGAAGAAGCGGCAGAAGCGCGGUGGCAAGGGUAUGCUGAAAACCAAGAAGAAAGAGGACAUACCACGGUUGGUGACCAUCUCCAGGGCGCCCAGGGGAAAGAAGAAAUCCGUCACGGUCGUGACUGGCCUCAGCACUUUUGAUAUCGACUUGAAGGUGGCGGCCAAGUUUUUCGGCAGCAAAUUCGCCUGCGGAUCCAGCGUGACCGGCGACGACGAGAUUGUCAUACAGGGAGACGUCAAGGACGAUCUGUUCGAGGUGAUACCCGAGAAAUGGCCACAAAUCGACGAGGACUCUAUAGAUGACCUUGGGGAUCAAAAGAGAUAAUAAGGCUACUGCACUAUUGCGCAUAUGCACAAUAAUUUA